CCCUCAAUUACCUUUUAUUAGGAGAGCAGGAGGUGUCGGGGCAAAACAGCCACAUAUCUUCCAAGAAAAGCUCGCGCCUUCCAAGGGAACCCAAGCGGAGGCGCCUCGUUAAGGGAACCGCGCAGGACAAACAUUCCCAUGGCGAGCUGGGCCUUGGAGCUGCUCGGCUUCUCCCUGAGCCUGCUGGGCUUAAUUGGGACGUUAAUUGCCACCAUCCUGCCGCACUGGUGGCGCUCGGCGCACGUGGGCACCAACAUCAUCACGGCCGUGGCCUACGUGAAGGGGCUGUGGAUGGAGUGCGUGUGGCACAGCACCGGCGUCUACCAGUGCCAGGCGUACCGCUCCCAGCUGGCGCUGCCCGCCGACCUCCGCGCCGCCCGGGCCAUGAUGGUCAUCUCCUGCCUGCUGGCCGUGCUGGCGGCCGCCGUGGCCGUGGUCGGCAUGAGGUGCACGCACUGCGCCGAGGGCAGCCCCGCCAAGGCCUCCAUCGCCGGCUCUGGUGGGAUCGGCUUCGUGGCGGCCGGGCUGCUCUGCCUGGUGCCGGUGUCGUGGAGCACCAACGACGUCGUCAUGGAUUUCUACAACCCCACGCUGCCCGCUGGGAUGAAGUAUGAGAUAGGGCAGGCUCUUUAUCUGGGAUUUGUCUCCUCGGCCUUGACCAUCCUGGGUGGGGCCCUGCUGUGCACGUCGUGCCUCGGGAAUGAGGCACCUUUCCAGCCGCAUUCCGGAGCGCCUCCAUCCUCCAGGACAUUGAGUGCCUCCAAGGGCAACCACGCUCCUUCCCUGACAUCUGCAUCCCACAGUGGCUACAGACUGAGUGACUACGUGUGAGUUCUCCCAGGAUCUGGCACGGCUGCCUCGGGAAUUCUGUGCCUGGCACCAGAGAACUCGGAAGGGAUGUUGAAGUUUACUGUUGUUUAUUCCUUCCUUUUCUUGCUGGAGGAGGAAAGGAUGUGGAUGCAGAACUGCUGCCUGUAAAACCUGGGAAAUAAAGGCAAAGGAGGCAGAGAUAUUCUCAAGGCAGCACAUCCCUGUCUACCUCCCAUCACAGCUUUCCAGGUAAUUCAAGGGGUGUUUUGGUGAAAAUUACAGUUUGGUUUGGAAUCGGUGCUCUGUGAAGCAGAACUGGCCACAUCUCUUUGUUUUUUCCCAAAAAAAAGACUGAAUUUUCCUUAAAACCCAGAAUUUCUUGGGGAUACACAGUGACUUCCAGCACUGAUUGCCUGCUCAGUUCCUCAUUUCCAUAAUUCAUGAACAUUUUGUCAUGACAAGGUAUUAAUGUUGCUUUCACUUAACAUUUUGUUUGUUUUUUUACAGUCCCUUGAAAUAUGAAUUUCAAUGGCACUAUGACAGAUGUAUUUGACAACCUGUUACAGCCAAUACUUGAAGUUAUAUUACAAUGUUUUGACCUGAUCAAAAUAAAAUUUCAGUGCAUUUUUUGAAAUGCAUCACAAGGGAAACAAAGCCUCUAAGCGGCUCAGAAUUGGGUUUUCUACAAAUGUCAGGGAUAGAAUGGAACCAGACAUUUGAUAUUAGAUAUACUUUAAAAAUUAAAAUUAAAAAGUCUCAGAAUUUGUAACUUUUAGCUUUUGAGCAGAUUUAGCAUUCUGCACAAUCUAUGCAUUAUAGGGAGUGGGAAAACAGUUUCUAUAAUCCUAUUUCAUAAGUCCCAUGCAAUGAAAUGUGUUCAUUUCUUAGGAUGAAUGCUGGUAUUUUGUGCCUGAAGGUGCAUUAGGGUUGGCAAGGCUAUUUCCAUCCCCUCCAGAGAUUUUUGGGGAACUUCCAUUGGGGCACAAGGCACCCUCCAUGCCAACACUCGUGGACUGUGACCACUGCUUGUUAGAAGUAUCAAAUCCAGACAUUUCCUCCUAAAAUCCUCACAGAAUUCCGUUGUUCCACAGUGCAUUCAAACAAUCAAAAAUUAAAAUAAUGAGCAAAGAAGCCCAGGUCUCUCAAUUUCACAUUAGAGCGAAGUCCCAGGCAAACAUAUUAGGAUAUAAAAUCAUGACAAAAAAGAGAAUCAAUGGAUUUCUCUUAAACCAGAAAUUUAUAGGCUUCCCACUUUCAACAGAAGGACCAACACACUGAAAAAAAAUAAUUCCAAGACCUAUGAGGCAACAAUUCUUCAUUUGGCAAAAAGAAUAAUCUGUUUGCAAUUAUAUUGUCACCUUGUGUCACCUCCAGAGCUGGGAAAUUUUCAGCAUUUCCCCUGGUUCCACUCUGAACCUUCCUUUUUGUGGUUGACCACCAUUGCCUUUGGCUUCAUGUUGAUUCGGACUGGGACAGAGGGUUUUCAGCACUGAUUCAUGUUAAC